AUGGACAACCGAACAAGAAAUCCUUACCUUGCUCUGAGACCCGUGGUCUUAGGCCUUGCCAAUGUCUUUAUUCUUGGAAUCUCACAAAUCCCCUUUGUCCAAGCCGCUCCGCUCCAUACAUUCCAUCUGUUCUCCGCAGCCGAGGCACCGGAGGAAAAAGAUCCUGGGUCUCCUUCACUAUGGAUAUAUCUGACUGUGGCAGCGGCAUUGGUGCUGCUCGGAGGCGCUUUCGCUGGGUUGACAAUAGCAUUAAUGGGACAAGAUGAAAUAUAUCUUCAGGUCAUCCGGGAUUCUGGCGAGGGCAAGGAGAGAAAACACGCCGCAACAGUACUGAGCCUGCUGCGAAAGGGAAAGCACUGGGUUCUAGUCACACUCUUGCUCAGCAAUGUCAUCACCAACGAAACCCUCCCCAUCGUCUUAGACCGUUCGCUCGGCGGUGGGUGGCCAGCUGUUUUAGGGUCUACAAUUCUCAUUGUCAUCUUCGGAGAGAUCGCCCCUCAAUCUGUUUGCGUGCGUUAUGGUCUGCCAAUUGGGUCUUGGAUGGCGCCGUUCGUCCUCGUCCUCAUGUACAUCCUUGCCCCGGUUGCAUGGCCGACCGCUAAAUUACUCGACUAUCUCUUGGGAGAAGACCAUGGAACAGUAUAUAAGAAGGCGGGCUUGAAAACGCUGGUAUCACUGCACAGAAGUCUUGGGGAAGCUGGGCAACAGCUCAACGCCGACGAAGUCACAAUUAUCAGCGCCGUUCUCGACCUCAAGGACAAGUCGGUAGGCAGCAUCAUGACUCCCAUGGAGGAUGUCUUCACUCUGUCCCUUGACGAUGUCUUGGAUGAGGCCACCAUGGACAACAUACUCUCGCAGGGCUAUUCGAGAAUACCUAUACACCACCCUGACAACGACUCCAACUUUGUUGGCAUGUUACUGGUCAAAAUGCUGAUCACAUACGAUCCAGAGGACGCUAAGCCAGUUCGCGAUUUUGCUUUGGCUACCCUACCUGAGACUCGUCCAGAGACAAGCUGCCUCGAUAUUGUCAACUUCUUCCAAGAGGGCAAGUCUCACAUGGUUCUGGUGUCAGAAUCUCCAGGUGAGGACCAUGGUGCUCUUGGAGUGGUAACAUUGGAGGACGUCAUUGAGGAACUGAUUGGCGAAGAGAUUGUUGACGAGUCGGAUGUCUUUGUUGAUGUACACAGAGCCAUUCGGCGCGCGAUGCCCGCCCCGACACGUCGAAUUCCAAAGACUUUCGUUGUCUCCGAGCCUACUCCCCACAAUGGCACCGCUUCAGAGCUUGUCGACAUUGAUGAGGCCGGAACGCUCACUCCAACAGAUUUACAGAAAGCCAGGACUUCUGAGAAUACCCAGCAGAAGAUCAAAGUCAUUCCUGGUCCACGACGGAGAUCGAGCGCAGGAAAUAGUGUCGCCACGGAUUCUAAAUCCAACAAAAGACCAAGUACCGAUGAGAUCAAGGAGCAUUUCAAACAUCUUGGCCCUUCCAAUCUCGCGAGCAGACCACGGUCCACGCGGUAUAACACGGUCAAAAUAAAGCGAGCGACAGAUACAACGCCCAAAGAAAAUGGCGGCGAUGGCCGAGCAGGCCCGAUCCGGAGGAUAUCUGAGACCCCGUCCGAUUACCAAAGUGGGAUUGGCGAAGCCAUUGUGACAACUGGUGGAAAAGCGGCCAGCGACGGGGUACAAGCCCUUCAGCAAGGCUAUGGAGCUACCUCUCCUCCUGGUGACAGACGGCCACAUAGUGCGACAAAAGGGGAGCAGAUCCAUUCACCAACUGCUGAACGCUCGACGCCAGACGACCAUGACAAGGAUGACGACCAGCGCCAGACUCGACCUCUACCAAGGGCCACGACCAGUGAGAGUACAAUCGGGAGCCUGCCAAGUUCACGCACGCGUUCGAGAAGUCCGUUUUACCAGCCAAGGGGCCCUGCCAGAAGUGGUAGCAUCACAGAAAACAUAGUGGAUACGAAUGGAUUUCGCAAAGUUGUGCUCCAGACAACCUCCAGCAGCGAGUCCAAUGGGGAGGAUGAUAAUAGUGGUGCGAAUAAGGUUCGGACGCCACAUGAUGAGAACAAGCGGUUGUCAGCGGAGGUGAUUCUACGAGGGGGAAGCAGUGACCAGGACCAAGAACAACAGAAUGGAGGCAGCAAGAAGAAAAAGCGCCGACGACGCAAGAAUGGCCAGGGCAAAGGGGAGCGCGAGCCUUUGCUUGGGGGACAAUAG